AUGCUGGCCAAAAGCUGCCUGUACCUCAAGACCUGGGCACAAAGGCAUGGUCUCUAUGGACAGCAAAAUGGCUUCCCAUCUGGGCUCGGCUUCUCGUGCAUGGCAAUCUUCGCCGCGCAGUGUCUCGAGCCGCCAGCCGCGGAUCAUGUCCUUGAGGUUCCUGAGCUCCUUGACAUAUCGCACGUCCACCAGCUGCGAGAGAGGGAGAAGACGAACGUUGAGGAUUUGUCGCGCAUCGUGCACGGCAUCUUCCUCUUCUACGCGGAUGUCUUUGACUGGGAUGCCGAACAGGUGUCGCCGCGCCUGGGACGGCGACAGCUUCGCCCCGCACGCUCCGCUGACAAGGUACUGAGCAUCGAGGACCCUGUGCUUCCAGAUCUUGACCUGGCCCGACCCUACAUGAACCCUGCUCGCUCCGGUGAGCUUCGCCGCGCCUUUCUUCGGACUUGCGACCUACUAGCUCAGGGCAAGUGGGAAGCCGCGUGGAAGCCUGCUUUGUCU